AUGUAUCCCAAUGAUACGCUUGACCUUUCCUUUUGUCAAAUCCACACUUUUUCAUAUUUUUCUCUCUUUCAGAAAUCCACUUUACGAAGAAAUCAUCAAAACUCGUUUUUUCAUAAAUCCGCCAUAGAUCCGCGUCCGACCCUACACCGCUACAUACGGGUUCGAAUCGUCCAGCUCGGGUUUCUCGAUUUCAAGCUUUCUCUUCUAGAUCAGCUCGGGCUUGCCGGAGCAGUUCCGCCUUCACUUGGUCGAGCUACGAACAUCGAUGCCAUCUUACAAGCUGCUGAUGAGAUUCAGUCCGAGGAUCCUAAUGUCGCUAGAAUUCUAUGUGAGCAAGCGUACUCUAUGGCUCAGAACUUGGACCCCAACAGUGAUGUAUUGUCUUACUUUGCCGUUUUGAUUUACCAGUUGGUUUUCUCUCGACAUAGGAUCUUGAAGAUGAGGAAGGUCUUUUCUACAUUGAGGGCCUUAACUGAGGUGUUAAGCAGAGAUGCAGAUCCAGACGGUGCUGGAAGGUCUAUCAGGGAGGAGCUUGGGCGAAUUAAAAGAGCCAAUGCCACUUUGUCAGCAGAGCUAAAUCCAUACAACAUUGUUCCUCUAGAAGCCCAGUCCAUGACCAAUGCAACUGGGGUUUUCCCUGAAAGAGAUAAUGUAAGGAACCAACGGGAGCGUCUGGUUCUCACACUUUCAAAUGCACAAUCCCAGCUUAGUAUACCUGGCCAGAAUGACCCAAAAAUUGAUGAGAAAGCAGUCAAUGAGGUUUUCUUGAAGGUUUUGGAGAACUACAUCAAGUGGUGCAAAUACUUGAGGAUGCGCGUUGUGUACAAUAAGUUAGAAGCCAUUAACUGGGUGAAGCUGCUAAUGUCCGUUUUCUUCCGGAGUGUAUCUGCUAUAAUUUUCACCAUGUAA